AUGGAAAGAAGAGAAGAUGAGGUACAAUACUUUAAGUUUGAAAAAACAAAUAAUUAACAAGACAAAAUUAUUUUAACUCUAUUUUCAAUAUUGAUGAAUGCCUUAAUAGGAAGUUUAUUCUUUUAUUAUUCAACUCAUGAAAAUAAGUAUGGUACUUGAAUUUACUAUUCAAAGGUGGUGA